UCUUCAACACUGGUAUGAUCCUUCAUUUGUCUUGUCAAUUUAAUAAUGAGGCAUUUUCUUACAUUAUGUUCUUAAUGACAAAGUUGUAUUCUUUUACAUGAGAAAAAACAUCUUGUGGUUCUAAACCACCAUCUCGUCUCUGUUAGCUGAGAGGUGAAGCACGGUGUUUCUAUGGUGAUGGCACUUAGAAUGACUCAUUUUUCUUGGAUCUUUCUGCUCAUGAUGUCUGGGGUUUAUAGUGCUGAUGAUUGGGGUGUGAGUUACAGCUCUUCAUACAUCUGUGCACUAAAGGGCUCAUCAGUGAUAAUGUCCUGCACUUAUAAAUACCCUACUGGAUAUAAGAUCAAGAAAGUGUUCUGGACCAAAUUGAUUGAAAAGGGUGUAGAGCCUCCAGAUCUUUUUAAUGACUCUGAAUACAGUCAGAGGAUUCGGUAUCUGGGAGAUAAACAGCAGAACUGCACCAUCAGACUGAAUGAUGUGACACAGAAGGAUUCACACAAGUACUAUUUCAGAUUCAUUACUGAUAAAGAUAAUGGAAGAUGGAUUGGCAUUCAAGGAGUAACUCUUGAAAUAACAGAUCUUCAUGUGGAGUCUCCUGAGAGCGUGACAGAGGGAGAUACAGUCAGUCUGACAUGUAAAAGCACCUGUAAUCUGACUGACAGAGCAACAUUCAUCUGGUUGAAAAACACACAGUCAUUAACUGAGAGAAACAAUAAACUCCUCCUGCAGUCAGUCAGAAGAGAGGAUGCAGGCAGAUAUAGCUGUGCUGUACACGGACACAAACUCACAUCACCUCAUGUUUAUCUCAAUGUUAAAUAUCCCCCAAAGGAGACUUUUGCUGUGGUGAGUCCAUCUGGUGAAACAGUGGAGGGUGAUUCAGUGAAUCUGACCUGCAGCAGUGAUUCAAACCCACCUGCGGACAUCCACUGGUUUAAAGAGAAAACAUUUCUUACACACGGGCAAAUCUACAGCAUCACAAGUAUCCGCUCUGAUGACAGUGGAGAAUACAAGUGCAAGUCCAGAAAUGAAGUUGGAGAGAAAUACUCUGAUGCUGUCACUUUAAAUGUCAUGUACUUGCCCAGGAAUGUGUCAGUGUCCAUGAGUGGAUCAGGUGAAAUAGUUUUGGGUGAUUCAGUGAAUCUGACCUGCAGCAGUGAUUCAAACCCACCUGUUCUGAACUACACCUGGUUUAAGGAGAAUACAACUGUAGGGUCUGGAAAAAUCUACAGCAUCACAAGUAUCCGCUCUGAUCACAGUGGAGAAUACAAGUGCAACUCCAGAAAUGAAGUUGGAGAGAAAUACUCUGAUGCUGUCACUUUAAAUGUCAUGUACUCACCCAGGAAUGUGUCAGUGUCCAUGAGUGGAUCUGGUGAAACAGUUUUGGGUGAUUCAGUGACUCUGACCUGCAGCAGUGAUUCAAACCCACCUGUUCUGAACUACACCUGGUUUAAGGAGAAUGAAAGCUCAGCUGUUGGAUCUGGACAGAGUUACAGUGCACUACAGAGUGGAUUCUUCUACUGUGUGGCUCAGAAUCAACAUGGAUCUCAGAGAUCAGCUGCCGUUCAAGUCACUGUUGAAGCAGUUAAGGAUUUUACUGCAGUUGCUGGGGUCACGGGUGUAUGUGGAGGUCUAAUUUUCAUUAUCAUCAUUUUGUUUGUGUGGAAGAAAAACCACAGACAUGAUGACAUCAGACAAAAGCAGGAUGAUCUAUAUGUCAACACAACAUGCAGAUAUUUAGCCCAUGAUGGUGCUCUUUCUGAAGUCAAUACAGCCAAUCAAAAUCAUGCCCAGCAUGUCAGUGUUGCACCCAGAGGCCUCAAUGGAGAUCAGACUACAGGAAGAACUCUUAAUUCUGGAGAUACUGAAGAAAUACAGUAUAUAACUGUCACCUUUCACAGAAACCAAGAGAUGAAGAGACCAGAAGAGAAUGAAACCCAGUAUGACAAUAUUAGAAUUCACCAGCCUGAUGCUGCCAUGAGAUCUGCUGAUGAAACAGUGGAUGAUCAAACAGUGAUUUACAGCACUGUCAAAUGAUCAACGGAUCAAUCUCUCUGUUUUCAUCCUCUGUGUCAGAAAAUGAUCAAGCAGUGGCGGCAACGUUUAUUCCUGCACAGAUUUUGUUUCAAUCUUUAAGUAGGAGACUGAGACUAAUGACUAUGUAUUGUUCUUUCUUCAUUGACCCUUCUAAAAGAAACAUCAUUAACAGGUCUAAGCUGGUUUUUAAGAAGGUCCCCCAAACUAGUCAAAUUGAAAAGUGUCCAAAACCAGCCUGACCAGCUUAGGCUUGUUUCCAUGGUGGACUGGCAUUUAUGAGAAAGCUCAAACGUUUUCUUUGAAAAAGAUCAAACUUCAUACACUUUUAUCCACAAACAUUUUUUUUAUUUUUUUUUCAAAGAGGAACCACAGAGGUGCUCAUAUGUUGGUCUUGAUUAUCAGUUUCUCUAGAACAUUAAUCUUUUCUUUCCUUUUCCUUUUUUUGGUGAAAAUAAAUACAUUUGCUGCAGUACCUUUUGUCUCCAGUACUGUUCCACUCUUUCCACCAUGUCACCUUCCUGUGGUGGAACAAAUUCACUGCCAGUGUGUCGUUGUUUUUUGUUUGUUUGCUUUUUAGCUUUAAAUGGGAACCAUUAUGGGUGUAAAUAUUUACUCUGACUAUUCGUUUACAAUUCUUUACCUAACGAUUAUGAUGCAUCAUGAAAUCUCAAAUUUUGCAACAAUUCGUCUAUUCUAUUUGAUUAUUUUGGAACGAUUCAUAAUUUAAAAAAAAAAAAUAAUAAUAAUAAAUGGUGCUAAAUCGAACAGGGCCAUAGAUUAAAAAACGACAUAUUCGUUUUUUAUUUAUUAGCGUGCAAGGCGGGUUUAAAUGGGAUGUGGUAACCACUAGUUCCCUCUUCAUUUUGGGAUAGGGAAAAAGGCAGCAUGCUCUGUUCACAAGACACAGCACAAGAUAAAAAUGUGUCACUGACCAAUCACAGGUGACUGUAAUCAAGAGAUAUUUAGCUACUGGUUUAGUUCCCUUCAGAACCCUCUGACCAAGAGUUCUGUCAAACUUGCCGUACAUUGGCCACUCAUAUAUUUUCACAUGCCAAUGAGCUUGCUAUUCACCGCAAAUGUUUGCCAGAAGUUUGCAGCUGUUCACCGGUUGUGGUGAACCUGCAGCAAACCUUUGGCCACAAUGAAAAUUUUGGCGUAAAGCUCAUUUACGUGUGAAAACUAAUGAGUGGCGAAUUUGCAGGAAGUUUGCGGCAACUCUAGAUUUUUUGUAAGGGCAGCCACAUGUCUGCCCACCAAUCAUAUUUAUUUAAGCUGAGUUCUAUUAGUGGUUUUAUGGUCAAAUAACACAUUUUAUGGAGAUUUAAAAGCAAUAUAAUAUCAUAAUCAGGGAGGAAAACAAAAACAAUUUAUUUAUCCUCAAUUUGGAAUGCCCAAUUCCCAAUGCUCUCUAAGUUUUCGUGGUGGCAUAAUGACUCACCUCAAUCCAGGUGGCGGAGGACGAAUCUCAGUUGCCUCCGCAUCUGAGACGUCAGUCCGCGCAUCUUAUCAUGUGGCUUGUUGAGCGCAAGACAUAGCGCAUUUGGAGGCUUCACGCUAUUCUCCGCGGCAUCCGCGCACAACUCACCACAUGCCCCACCGAGAGCGAGAACCACAUUAUAGUGACCACAAGGAGGUUACCCCAUGUGACUCUACCCUCCCUAGCAACCGGGCCAAUUUGGUUGCUUAGAAGACCUGGCUGGAAUCACUCAGCACACCCUGGAUUCGAAGUUGCAACUCCAGGGGUGGUAGUCAGCGUCUUUACUUGCUGAGCUACCCAGGCCCCCCACAAUGAACUUACUUUGAUCAAAUGAACACAAACACUUAUAAAUAAGGACAACUUUGAUAUAUUGGACAACUGAUAAAUACACAACAAGAAAAGCUCCAACAUAUAGGGCACAACACAACUUAUGCCCAUACCGGGCAUGGAAUGAUAUGUUUCAGUGUCACCAGAGUGCUUGGAGUCACAGGGUGAUCUUUGAUGCGAUUACUGUGGAUCCGCAACAUGUACUGUAGUUCAUGAAUCCAACAGAUUUUACUUCUGCAACAGUUUAUAAAAGGGUCAUUAUACCACAAAACACAUUUUUUGAGAUGUAAAAAGAUAUGUACAGGUUGCUCAUCACUGAUAACAAUGAUAGCACUAAUUAUGUUUGUUGUUAAGGGGAAAUUGGUUAUUUUUUUCGUUUUAUUGAGCCAUUUCGUACUUCCGGUUUCAAAACUAAAGUUAAAGCAACGUCACAAAAAUGAGGGAAAUGCGUGAAAUAUGGGUUAUGAUUGGUAGGACAGCACGUAUUUACGUCACAAGAUUCUGAGCAUUUUCCACAUUAUUUAUUAUUCAGUAUUCAUGUGUAUAUGUUUUGUGUAUUGGACCCGUUUACUUUCAUUGUAUGUGCCUAACUGCACGAGAUUUGUUUCUUUAGAAAAAGAGGGAUGAGUUGAAAUUAUUUUCUGUGGCAAUCCCAAUUAUGCCACAAAUGCUGUCUAUAGUUUAACUUAAACCUGAAACACUCUUUGAAAGAAUAAAUCUAUGAAUUUAUAAUAUCUAUGAAUUAUUGUAAUAAUCUCAAAGCAGUGCUGGUUUUUGAUUGUUAUGUCUGUUCUGAGUGUUGUUCUCACUUAAUUCUCAAAAGUUUGAACAAAAUAUCCAAAUCUUUUUUACAGAUUUGCAAACUGUUCUAUUGCUUUAAUUCUUCACACUUUUGUCCCAUGAUUAAUAUACAGCCCCAAACUCUUUUGUUUUAAUCUCCACUCAUAAUGUAAGGCUCAGCCAUCUCUGUUGUGUGUGUGUGUGUAUGUGUUUGGAAGUAGCUCUUGAACCCUUUCCGUUUUCCCUCUUCCCGCCCACAAUACCCACCCAGGUAUUUACAUAUUUUCACGCCCAUUUUGAGACUCGUUUCUCAGUCUGAGGUAUUAAAAAUAGGUGUUCAACUAGGUGGUGUCACAGUUUGUCACCAUUCUGUUCAUAAGGACUCUUAUUUUGACAUGAUUAUUGUCUUCUGUUGUUAGUUUGCCCCAUACUACAAUUCCCAUUUUUCACUGCCCUCAUCACAGCCAUUUGUUCCCCAUCUUCCUCACCUGUUCCCUGUUCCCUCAUCAAUCAUCUGUUUGUAUAUAUACCCUCUAGUUUCACUCACUUAUUGUCAGUUCUUAUGUUUCCUUGUAUGUUCCUAAGAUCAUUGUUUCCUUGUGUAUUUCUAUUUAGUUCUUUGUAUUGCUCCAUGUAAUUUUUAUUCACCUUCUUCAUCAUCUCCAUUA